AUGAGCACCUACAAGAUUCUGACGGGCGUCGGUCUGACGGCGUCGUCCUUUGCGCUGUACUCCAAUGUCGGCGCGUCCGUCUUUGGCGUCAUGCCCCUGAUUCUCAGUCCACAGUCGAAGAAGCAGGCCAAGCUCGACACCGAGCAGUCUGUCUAUCUCUGGGACUUUUUCUUCAGCCGUGCCGCUGGACCUCUGGUGGGAGCGUUUGCUAUCAGCGCCAGCUCGUACCUCGCCGCGUCCUUCUACGUGCCAAGCUUUGUGCUCCUCGACAAGAACUCGCCCAUCACCAACGUCAAGCAGCUCAAGUGGAUCCUUCGUGCUGCUGCCGGCCUCUCUAUUGCUCCUCUUCCCUUCACUAUUGCCUUCAUCUUCCCAUCAAUCAAGUCGCUCCAAACGUAUGUCAAGAACAAGCGUGGAGAAGCGACGAUCGAGCCAAAGGGAAGUGACAGCGCCACUGUCCACAUCGACGACAACACGGCCGAAAAGAAGAUCGAAGAGUGGAACUUUUUCCACCUCUUCCGCUACGGCUUCUUUACCACCUCCUGGCUCCUGGGCAUGGUGGCCUUUUCGACGUGA